AUGCUGCAUUGCCUCAACCAGGAGAUGAUAGUAAGAGAGAAGCUUGAAGCAGAUGCAGACUCUGUCAGUCUGAAGACAUUGGCUCAGCUGUUCACUGCGAAUGAGAAGGCAGAGUGGUCUGAGAUCUACUCGAUUGGGAUGACUCCAUGUUAUGCAUCCUUGGUCAUUGUUGCGUCUCACAACUGGAUGCCUUCAACUCAUAGCAACCAUGUGUCUGAGCCAGCGAGCUAA